AUGCACCGCGCUGCCUCCAACCAGCGCUCGGUCUCCUCCUCCUCGGGCUCCUUCCAGCCGCCGCCGCCGCCGCCGCCGCCGCCGCCGCCGCCGCACGCCGCCGACCGGCAGCCCCUCUUCCCGGGGGGCUCCAGCAGCGGCGGCAGCCGGCGGGGCUCGGGGGGCUUCCAGGCGCUGUCCCUGGUGCUGCUGCUGGGGCAGGGCGCGCUGCUGGACCUCUACCUGAUCGCCGUCACCGACCUGUACUGGUGCAGCUGGAUCGCCACCGACCUGGUGCUGGCGGCCGGCUGGGGCAUCUUCUUCUGCCGCAACAGCCGCGCUCGCCGCCGGGAGCGGCCCCCGCCGCCCCCCGGGCCGCCGCCGCCGCACCCGCUGCUGCUGCACGGCCCCCCCGGCGGCCGCGGGGCCGGGGGCAGAGGGGCCGGGGUCCCCGCCCGAGGCGGCGACUUCGCCUACGCGCACCUGGCCUGGCUCAUCUACUCCAUCGCCUUCACGCCCAAGGCGGCGCUGAUCCUGGGCACCUCCAUCCUGGAGCUGAUCGAGCUGCGCCUGCCGCUGGGCACCACCGGCUUCCGCAUCACCCUGGCGCUGUCGGCGCCGCUGCUGUACUGCCUGCUGCGGGCCAUCGGCACCGAGGGCGCCGGGCAGCUGCUCCUGCCGCCGCAGCCUCCCCCGCAGCACAGAGCCGCCGCCGCCUUCCUCGCCACCUGCCUCGACCUGCUCGACAGCUUCUCCCUGCUGGAGCUGGUGCUGCAGCCCGGGCGGCCGGCGCCGCUGCCCGCCCCGCUGCGCUACCUGCUCAUCGCCGUCUAUUUCCUCUGCCUGGCCUCGCCCGUGCUGUGGCUGUACGAGCUGAGCGCCGCCCGCCCGCCCGGCGCCGCCCGCCUGGCCCUGCACCUCCUGCUGCCCGCGGGGCUGCUGGACGCCCCGCUGCUGGCGCUGCGCUGCCUGCUGCUCCUGCGCUACCAGCAGCCGCUCUCCCUCUUCAUGCUCAAGAACCUCUUCUUCCUGAGCUGCCGCGGCCUGGAGGCGCUGGAGACCUGCUGCCUCCUGCGCCCCGCCGCCGCCCCGCCGCCCGCCAAGUACGGCCCGGCCGCCGCCGCCCCCGCCGCCGCGCCGCUGGCCCACGGGCUCUCCGACGUGGACGUGGGUCCCCACGGCUACGUGAACGCCUUGGCCGUCACCGCCCAGGGCUGAGGCCGAGCCCGCACCCGGGCCCGCUCCCGGCAGAGCCCGUGUCUCUGCGUUCCGCUCAGGUUCCCUCCCGCCGUGGCCGAGCAGGGGAAGGGGACGCGGGCUUCCCUGUCGGACUCCCGCUGCCCUCCUCGCUUCCUCACGGACGAAUCCAGCGAGCUCGGCACGAACCCGACUUCCUGCGGGAGCCUACGGGUGACGCUCGUCCCCAGAAAACGCGCCUCGGUCCUUCGCGACGAGACUUCUUCCAGCGCUUCUGCCUCUCUCUCUCCUCGCCGUCCGGAGGGUCCCGCUCCUCCCCGGACAUUGUGUUGCUUUGUAACCAGAAAGGUGCGGUUUUUUCCUUUUCGUCCCCUCCUUUAAGAACUCUCGCUGGCCACCACAAUAACGAGAUGCAAGAGGGGCCUGACCAGCAGAUGUUGCCUCCAGGUACGGGGAGGACGGAAGGAAGCACGCCUUGGUUUCCCCGGGUCUCUCAGAGCUGCUGCCUGUGUUUCCCAGGCCUUCGUGCAGCAGCUGAGGAACCUCUGGAAGCACGCUGGCCGCUCGGUCACUUCAAGCCCAUGAGCCACCUUCUCCCAGCCAAAACGUCUACCUCUGUGCUCCAACCUUUUGCAUCUUACAUUGACUUCAUGUGCUAAAAAAACAAACAAACAAACAAAACAACAAACCGAUCCAGCAUGGACAUAAACCAGGGCUUAGGCCCCAUUUCAUACCCACCAAGACAUUUAUUUCUGGUGAGAACAGGGUUUACAGCAGCCUCCUGCUGGCAUCCCCAGGUGCUGGGGCUCUCAUUUCUCUGUGAAUAUGCAUGUUUACGGGAUCAGCGUUGGUUUUCUUUUACACGGAGCGUAGGGUCUUCCUUUCACACAGCCAGAAAGGCUGGAAAAAUUUCCUCCAGCCCUCUUCCAUGCCUGCUUGAGAGAGCAGAGAUGGGGCUAAGGCUGCAAAGUGCCCCCUCUCCAAGAGCAGAGGAUGCUGGCACCGCUCACUGAACCUCACUCUUCAGCACAGAAAGCAAAAGUGCUGCAGGAGCCCUCGAGGCAGAGGGGCUCUCCAGCUUCGGUGAAAGCCCAUGGAUCAGCAUCCUGUCCUCUGUGUGCAUGUGGUUUAUGGUAGGGGGGUGGAAAUUGCUAGUAACCUCUCAUAGGAACACGGUUUUCUUUGGUUUUUAAGCGCCAUGAAUGCUGGGCGGGGUUAAGGCCUGCUCCUCUGCCUGGCUGCCGCUGCUCCUGAAUCCAGACCCAUGGAAGCAGGAGCACUCAGGCCAUGUUCGGAGGGAGGACUUUGCUCCUCCCAAGCUUAUAUUUUGUUAUCUGGGCAAGGCUGCAAUAAUUGUGAAAAACAACAGUUUCCUGUUGCAAGGGGGUUUUUUUGGGGUUUUUUUUUGUUUGUUUUCAAGCUGUCCUGAUGGGAAGGGGAAAUAAAGCACAACCAACUGCUACCCAGAGCAGGACUGCAGGUGCAGCCCAGACUUCUUCCGCACACUCAUUCAUUCUUUCCUUCAGGGCUUGGGCUUCAGAGCCUCUGUCCCACCUUCCUUUUCACAGAGUGGGACCAACUGCCUGCUCCGGUGGACUGCUGCGACAAAAUGUUUACAGUCUGGUGACUUCCAGCUCCCAGAAGCAGGAGUGGGGCUGCCCUGGGGCUCCUCUCCCCCAGCUCUCGGUGGCCGACGGGUUUGGAGGGGCUGGAAAAGCCCCCUAGAAAAGAUGGGUCAAUCGUGCUGUCCUGUUCAGGAGUGCAGCUAGGACGGGUGACUGGCUGCUCUCCCCACGCCAAACGGAGAGUUGGCAAAAGCUAGGCUUAACUUUCCCACCAGUGCUUUAUUUUUAACCUGAGCCCUCACACGGGCAGUUGUGUGAAUUUUGGCCAGUGGCCUUUCUCUUCGCUAACUUCUUCUUGUCUGGACAAUCUUGGUGCUGUGAGUGACUGUGAUUGUAAAACUUGGUACUGUGAACUUUUCCUAUGUGAUGUGAAAUGUGUCGAGGGGAUGCUAAGUUCCUGGCCAAAGGAGGUGUAAUUACAAGUAUAUCACGCUUGUACAGGUAUUUGUUUCCUUGCAUCUUCCUUUUUCACCAUUAAAUAGGUAUUAGAAGCUCAGAAAUAAUUAUUCAAGAGAGAAUAAGGUGAUACCUGAACCUAGGACUACUCCAUUCUUCAGCCAAACAGCUGAAGAAAAAAAAAAAAAAAAUAAAAAUCCCCAACCAAUCAACUUUGUCAAAAACAAGCUGAAGGAAAAAAAAAAAAAAAAAAAGCUUUUCAUCACCAACCGUUUGCCUGCUCCUAUGGCCAAGUUCCCAAUAGCACCAAAGUGCUAAUCCCUAAUACACUGAAGCGCGAGCAUAGCUGAGACAUCAAAAGAAUCACAGCACAAUUAUUAACAAGUCUUACUUCAGUACCCCUUCAAAGCCCACAACAAAGUUGCUGUUUCAACAGUGAGUGCCUUUUUCCAGUUAGGAUGUUCUUGAGAAAAAUGGCAUAUUGGAAGUUUACCUGGCCAUGGCAUAUUCAACCCAUUGGCGGCCAACUCACAGUUCCGAUUUUUCCAUGGAUGAAAAGGUUGCCUGGGACAGAUGACCCUGCAAAAUGACACUGGUGUUGCAUAGAAUUCCCUCGUAGAAAAAGUUGUUCUUUGUGGUGCCAUGGUUUCUAGGGUGUUAGGAAAUGUGUAAAGUUCUUGUAGUUGGCUAUACAGAAGCCCCCUUGCAAAUAAAAGGGCAGCUCUGCUGCUCCUGCAAUCACUUACUAUGAAAAAAACCCAACAUUUAAAGAUCUUCAAUGUCUCAUUUAUAAACCUGCUCCUCCUUUGGAAUUCCCUCCUCUUUGGUAAUUGAGCUCUUGCUUCCACUUAAACCCUUCUGUUUGCAGAAGAGAGAUGGUGGUACCAUAGAAGUGCAAACAAUACCUCUCCCAUUGCACCUUGCACAACUCCUGUACAAUGUGCCAACGUUAAAUCACUGCUCCAGGUCAGUAACACUUUGCUGAACGAAUUUGUGCCAUACUGAGACAGCGGUCCCUCGGGAUUCUGCUACACAGCUCAGCUAUUUAGCAUUUUAUUGCUCUUUGUUUGCUAUCCUGACAAAUAGAUGACUGCUCCCAGGAGGGGAAAUGGAAGUGAGCGAUAAGGCCUGUGGCUGAUGGACACUUGGCAUCCCCCUGGCAUUAAUCAGAACUUGUAUUUUUUAAAAAGCAAGAUUGUUAAAAUAAAAUUAGAAACUUGUGACUGACUUUGCUCCUUUUUUCUCUUCCUUUCCUCCUUUGAUUCUUGCUGGGCUAUUCAAUUUUGUACUGAAUAGGGACCAACAGAUGCUUUACAGUUACUUGUUUUCCUCA